AGGAUAUUUUUGGAAUGUUGAGAAUGAAGAUUGAGAUGAAAAAGCGUCUGAAAAAAUUAAAAAGAAUGGAAAUUGAUCAUCGUAAUAUCUUAACUGGUAAAAGAAUUAGUAAAAGUAAAAUUAGGCAUCAAAAAGUUAAGGAAUCAAACAUGUCAGGGAAUUGUCCGGAUAUGAUAAAG